AUGGCGACGCACAAAAAAAGCGGCAAAAAACCGAAGGAAGGUACCCUGUCAGUGGCCGACCUCCUCGCAACGCCUAGACCUCAUGUAAGCAAAGAUGGCGGCGGCCAGAUAAGCGCGGGCUCCCCAGACUCCCCGAGCAACGGAGAGCACAG